AUGAUUCAUCCAUUUCUUUUUGGCUUAGCAUUUUAUGAUAAAGAGAGUCCAACUAAUAUAGGUCAUUUAGGCAGAGAUGCAAAGCGUUUUCAAAAUGAAUUCUUCACAAUUCCAAAUAAAGGAUGUAAAGCUCCCCAUACAAAGAAGGUCGGCGGCAAAUGUGUGUGCGAGCCAGGCUUUCCAUAUGGAAACCCAGAAGUCCUUGCAGGAUGCUUUAGAUGCAAUGAAGAUUGUCCAGAUUAUUCGAAUUGUUCAUACCCAGGAAAAUGCCGAUGUAUUCCUGGAUAUUCAGAUGAAGAAACAUCAUCAUGCGUACCAAAAGCACCAGAAUUACUUUCAAUUCAACCAGAAUUCGCACAAUUUUUUUCAUCAAUCGCACUCAACGUUACAUUUAAAACAGAUCCCGGCGCUUCAUUUCCAAUAGGCUACUUGAAAUUCAAAAAUCAAAUAGUUAAAUGCAAAGGAAACGGAGUUAAUCAAUAUAAUUGUUCGAUUAAUCAAGUUGGCCUCCCAGGAGCUUUUGAAGUUUCCAUUUCCUUUGAUCAGAAGUCAUGGUCUAAGGAAAUCGUAGAAUUGACUGUUAUUGGCUUUGAUUUAGCCAAUUUAAUCUUAGGAUCGUUUUUGCUGUUGGUUGGAAUCACAAUUAUAGUUGGCAUUAUUAGAAUAAGAAAAGCUACUAAAAGAGCCGGAAUUACUGAAGUUCCUUUCAUUCAGAAGCAAAUCCAGGCGUUUAAAUGA